GAGAAAAAGAUGUCCUGUAAGAUAAAGAUUGAUUGGUUUGAAUACCGAAAGGGGUCUCCCACUUGUUAAUGACCCAGAAACAUUCCUGCCGACUUUCCUGAGCCUUCUCUCUUUUCCUCCAUUUUUCUUCUCCUCUGUUCUGUGCAUGAACUGGCACAUCACUACAUAGAGCAGAAGAUAUGCUGGGCUUCUGAUGAUGGCUGCACUGCAUGCAGCAGCGUGCAGGGUCAAACACAGCCGGCCUCCCAUGUCAGUGGUCUAGGAUGGCCAGUGAAGCCACCAACAUCCCAAGUCCUGUGGUGCGCCAGAUUGACAAGCAGUUUCUGAUCUGCAGUAUAUGCCUGGAACGGUACAAGAAUCCCAAGGUUCUCCCCUGUCUGCACACUUUUUGCGAGAGGUGCCUGCAGAACUACAUUCCCGCCCACAGUCUCACCCUCUCCUGCCCUGUGUGCCGCCAGACCUCCAUCCUGCCCGAGAAGGGGGUGGCCGCGCUCCAGAACAACUUCUUCAUCACGAACCUGAUGGAUGUGCUGCAGCGAACGCCGGGCAGCAACGUUGAGGAGUCCUCCAUCCUGGAGACGGUCACCGCUGUGGCUGCCGGAAAGCCUCUCUCUUGCCCAAACCAUGAUGGGAAUGUGAUGGACUUUUACUGCCAGUCUUGCGAGACUGCCAUGUGUCGGGAGUGCACUGAGGGGGAGCAUGCGGAACACCCCACAGUCCCCCUCAAGGAUGUGGUGGAGCAACACAAGGCCUCGCUUCAAGUCCAGCUGGACGCCGUCAACAAAAGGCUCCCAGAAAUAGAUUCUGCCCUUCAGUUCAUCUCAGAAAUCAUUCAUCAGUUAACCAACCAGAAGGCCAGCAUUGUGGAUGACAUCCAUUCUACCUUUGAUGAGCUCCAGAAGACUCUAAACGUGCGCAAAAGCGUGCUGCUUAUGGAACUAGAAGUCAACUAUGGCCUCAAACAUAAAGUCCUUCAGUCGCAGCUGGAUACUCUGCUCGAGGGGCAGGAGAGUAUAAAGAGCUGCAGCAACUUCACGGCGCAGGCCCUCAACCAUGGCACGGAGACGGAGGUGCUGCUGGUGAAGAAGCAGAUGAGCGAGAAGCUGAACGAACUGGCCGACCAGGAUUUCCCGCUGCACCCGCGUGAAAACGAUCAGCUGGAUUUUAUCGUGGAGACCGAAGGGCUCAAGAAGUCCAUCCACAACCUCGGGACGAUUUUAACCACCAACGCCGUCGCCUCCGAGACGGUGGCCACUGGUGAGGGGCUGCGGCAGACCAUCAUCGGGCAGCCCAUGUCCGUUACCAUAACGACCAAGGACAAAGACGGCGAGCUGUGCAAGACGGGCAACGCCUACAUCACCGCCGAGCUGAGCACGCCCGACGGCAGCGUGGCGGACGGAGAAAUCCUCGACAACAAAAACGGCACCUAUGAGUUUUUGUACACUGUCCAGAAGGAAGGGGACUUUACCCUCUCUCUGCGACUCUAUGACCAGCACAUCCGAGGCAGCCCGUUCAAGCUGAAAGUGAUCCGGUCGGCCGACGUGUCUCCCACCACCGAGGGCGUGAAGAGGCGCGUGAAAUCGCCUGGAAGCGGCCAUGUAAAGCAGAAAGCGGUGAAGAGACCCGCCAGCAUGUACAGCACUGGGAAACGAAAAGAGAAUCCCAUCGAAGACGAUUUGAUCUUUCGAGUGGGGACCAAAGGAAGAAAUAAAGGAGAAUUUACAAAUCUUCAAGGGGUAGCUGCGUCUACAAAUGGAAAGAUAUUAAUUGCAGAUAGCAACAACCAAUGUGUACAGAUAUUUUCCAAUGAUGGCCAGUUCAAAAGUCGGUUUGGCAUACGAGGGCGCUCUCCCGGGCAGCUGCAGCGACCCACCGGAGUGGCUGUGCAUCCCAGUGGGGACAUAAUCAUUGCAGACUAUGAUAAUAAAUGGGUUAGCAUUUUCUCUUCUGAUGGCAAGUUUAAGACAAAAAUUGGAUCAGGAAAGUUGAUGGGGCCCAAAGGAGUCUCUGUGGACCGCAACGGGCACAUCAUUGUGGUGGACAACAAAGCAUGCUGCGUGUUUAUCUUCCAGCCAAACGGGAAGAUAGUCACCAGGUUUGGUAGCCGAGGAAAUGGGGACAGGCAGUUUGCAGGUCCCCAUUUUGCAGCUGUAAAUAGCAAUAAUGAGAUUAUUGUUACGGAUUUCCAUAAUCAUUCUGUCAAGGUGUUUAAUCAGGAGGGAGAAUUCAUGUUGAAGUUUGGCUCAAAUGGAGAAGGAAAUGGGCAGUUUAAUGCUCCAACAGGUGUAGCGGUGGAUUCAAAUGGAAACAUCAUUGUAGCAGACUGGGGAAACAGCAGAAUCCAGGUUUUUGAUGGAAGUGGAUCAUUUUUGUCCUACAUUAACACAUCUGCUGACCCACUCUAUGGCCCCCAAGGCCUGGCCCUAACUUCAGAUGGCCAUGUUGUGGUUGCAGACUCUGGAAACCACUGUUUCAAGGUCUACCGGUACUUACAGUAA